UUUCUAUGUUAUGUGUGCGUGUGUAUAAGAAGUGAUGGGAGAAGGUGGGUUCAUUUCAAUAGUGAUAUUUUGCAUUUUGGUUGUGCUGUGGGGUUGGAAGGUGUUAGAAUGGAUAUGGUGGAGGCCCAAGAAGCUGGAGAGGCUUCUCAAGGAACAGGGCAUCAAAGUUACACCAUACAAGUUAUUGCUGGGUGACCUAAAAGAGACGCAGAGGCUUUUCGAGGAAGCUCGGUCCAAGCCUAUUAACCUAUCCCAUGAUAUUGUUCCACGUGUGCUUCCCUUUCAUCUUCAAACCAUACAGAAGUACGGUAAAAAAUCUGCCUUUUGGUUUGGAAGAGAUCCAAGAGUGUAUAUUAUGGAUCCUGACCUCAUAAGGGACAUUCUGAGCAACAAGUUUGGUCACUUUGCGAAGGUCAAAGUAAAUCCACUCUCACGGUUUUUGGCAAGGGGACUUGUAAGCUAUGAGGGUGAAAAAUGGGCCAAACACAGAAGGAUCAUAAACCCUGCCUUUCAUAUGGAAAAAUUAAAGCGCAUGUUAUCGGCAUUUUAUACAAGCUGUAAUGAGAUAGUCAACAAAUGGGAGAAAUUGGUUACAUCAGAAGGUUCUUGCGAACUGGAUGUGUGGCCAGAACUUCGAAAUUUAACGGGGGAUGUCAUCUCUAGGGCAGCAUUUGGUAGCUCCUACGAAGAAGGUAUACGAAUAUUCAAAUUGCAAGAUGAACAAGCCGAGCUCUUAGUGCAAUCUUUUAAGACUGCAUUCAUCCCUGGUUUUAGUUCGCUGCCUAUGAAAAGGAAUAGAAGAAUGAAAGAAAUUGACAGAGAUGUACGAGCCCUUUUAAUGGGUAUCAUCAGCAAGAGACAGAAGGCUAUGGAGAUAGGAGAAGCCAACACAGAUGACUUGUUAGGCUUGUUACUUGAAUCCAACAAGAAGGAGAUUCAAGAACAUAAAAACAAGAACAACGUUGGGUUGACCAUCGAAGAUGUCAUCCAAGAGUGUAAACUCUUCUACUUUGCAGGGCAAGAAACCACAGCUGUUCUGCUUGUUUGGACGAUGAUCGUAUUAAGUAUGCAUUCGGAAUGGCAAGUGCGUGCAAGGGAAGAGGUCUUCCAAGUCUUUGGAAAGAACAAGCCAAAUUUUGAUGGACUAAGCCACCUCAAGAUUGUUACCAUGAUUUUGUAUGAGGUCCUUAGAUUAUAUCCACCAGUGCUGCAGCUUAAUCGAUGUACAUACAAGAACAUAAAACUAGGAGAAAUGUCUUUGCCCCCUGGAAUACAGCUAAUGUUACCUAUAGCCCUUGUUCACCAUGAUCAUGAAGUAUGGGGUGAAGAUGCGGAAGAAUUCAAACCAGAGAGAUUUGCAGAAGGAAUCUCAAAGGCCACAAAGAAUAAAGUCGCAUUUUUCCCAUUUGGUUGGGGGCCUCGAAUAUGCAUUGGGCAGCACUUCGCGACAACAGAAGCAAAGAUGGCUUUAGCAAUGAUUCUACAACAAUUUGCUUUUUAACUUUCACCAUCCUAUGCUCAUGCUCCUACCACUGUAAUAACUCUUCAGCCACAGUAUGGUGCUCAAAUCAUAUUGCAUAAACUGUAGAAUCAUUGCCUCUGUCAUCAUCUGUCGGUGAUCUAUCAUGGAAACUUUCAUUGCAAGUAAUAUAAUAGUUUUAUGUGUUUUAUUCC